AUGGCAUGGGUGAGUGUCGUGCUUCUGCUGCUCUACUACGUUCUCGCAUUUGACCCCGGGGUGAGCCCAUUCGCAAACAAGCAAGGUUCCUACCCAAGCCCGUCGUCAUCAACGAACCUAGUCGAUGCAAUUGUCUUUCAAGUGUUUCGAAUUCUGCGAUCUCGUUUGAGUCUGAAGCCCGAGAGCCACUUGCAGCUCGAGGGAGCAUUCAACAGGUGUAUCCUCAUGUUGGCGGACACACAACUAAUCACCGGUAUUGCCAUCAUGGUCAGCGGAUAUUAUUCCCUAACGUGCGGACUGUCCGCUUACCACUGGCAAACCGUCCUUUAUCUUGCGUGGUUUUCAUGUCUUACCCAUCUUUCCGCCCUGACCUGUCUUCGUACCCAUCUGCAUGUACACCCGACGGCGCGAACCGGCCGGCUAUUACUCAUGACUGCUCUGCUCGCCCUCCUCUUCGUGGGGUUUGUUCCCACGGGUCACUUCGACUUUAGAGACCAUCAGGUGCCGGAGAAAAUUUCCGACUCUGCCCCUGCCGUGUGCUAUUUCAAGGGCGGCAUGGAUCGGGACGGUACACCGUUCGCGUCCAUGGUCCUUACCCUCCUCCUCUUAGCAUAUGGCUAUCUUGUCCGAGUUGCUAAGCUUUUCGAAUCCUCAUCUACUGUGCUCUCUCGCUUCUCUCGGGGGCUUCUGGAUCGAAACCAUGAUAAAUUUCUCAAUGCUUGGGCCCGAGGGCUGCCAAAUAUGCGGCCCAGUGUUGCAUUCUGGGCAUCGACACGUUUGGCAAAUUUACGGCGCUCGGGAGAUGUAGGCGAUAACGACUGGACAUUUGGCCAAGUCAUCUCUUUGGUUCUCCUGGCUGGUCCGGCUCUCUCCAUCGCCCAGCUAGUAUAUAGCUGCUGCCUCUCUCCGGGACAAUAUAGGACUCAGGAGUACGGCAAUACAGGCGCCGACACAUGUAUCCAAGGUGACAUGGUGCAAGGCCCCGAGCUUGCGCCAUGUCAGCCGCCACCUAGCGAAUGUGCUCUCGCAGGAGUUGAAAUCAUUCCACUCGAAGAGUCUCACUCCUCACUUCCCGGGGAUCGGAACCGAUCCCUUGCGGAUCAUUCAUCAACAUCUAUAUUAGUGAGGGCGGCAACACCGGCUGGCAAUGUAGAAGAGACACGUGUUGAACCUUCUGCUUCGCACCAUUACCAAAUUCUCCAGUCUCCUGGCCAUGUUGAACAGUUGCAGCCAAGAUCGGACAUCGAUGCUGAAGUUAUUCGCAUACUUCAACUUGGGCGGAGUGCUUAUCCAGGGCUUUUGGGUUUUGCCGAUAUUCUCAUUCCAUCCGCCCCUCUACUCUAUUUCUUUGCCUCCAUUCUCGCUGGCGUCGAUUUUGUCGUGUUGUUGACGCAUCAGAUUCUCUACUUCUUUAUACUCUUACCGGUCUUCUCUCAAGCCUUCAUCAUUUGCGUCUUCUUUUUAAAACUAUGCCGCGUAAGAAGACAGGUCGAAGCUGUCGUUAGGUGUGGGCUCGGCGUCGGUUUAGCUGUGUCCGCCAUAAAUGCUCUAAGAUGGGAUCCUCCCUUUUAUAUUCUGCUAGGCUUGCUACAGUAA